UGUGACCCCGCCUCCCGGCACCCCCAAGAGUCAGGGGGCGGGGGGGGGGAACAGGAGGGAGGAGCCUCAGCCCCCCGCCCCCGCCCGGGCCGGCCUCCCUAAUCCCCACCUCUGACCCUGUCGCCCAAGCAACCGGGACUGCAACUGGGAAAGCCGGCGGGCGAGGCCCGCGUCUAGCCAGGUAGGGCCUCUGUGGCCGCCCCAUUCCCCAGCCCCGGCCAUGGUGCAUCCGCUGCCCCCGAGCCACCUCAGUACCCUUUUCCCUUCAGCCACCAUGCCGCUGGGGGCCAGCAGCGUGCGCUCGGAGGACAGCGAGGGCUACUUGGAAAACUCGGAGAUGGAGCUGAGCCGCCUGCAGAGACAAUGCCGGGUCAUGGAGGCGGAGCGGCAGGCCUACACCAAGGAGACCCAGCAGCUGAUCCAAAAGCAGAUGGUGGAGAUCAACCGGCUGCAGCAGGAGCAGGCUGAGAUCCAAACCAGGAUGAAAAUCAUUCAGAGCCAGGCCCAGAAGGCCCUGGAGCAGGAGCUCGAGAAGGACGUCAAGAGCCUCCUGGCCCGGCGGCAGCACCUCUACAGGGAGGUGAUCAAAGAGCAGCAGUACCUGAAGAAGCUGGACCAAGAGAUUGCCAAGUGGGAAGCUAAAGUCCUGGAACAGCAGAAGGAGCUCCGAGGCACCAGCCUGGUCAUGGAGAAGAAGGCCCAGGGCUUGCACAGGGUGAAGAUCUUGGAGAACCAGCUGGACCGGGCCAACACGCGCUUUGACACCCAGCUGGUGAAGAACCGGAUCCUCCGGGAAGAAAUGACUUUGCUGCACACUCAGAGGAAGCGCUUCCUGCACCUUGACCAGCAGCUGAGGAAGGAGCUGAGCGACAUCCGGGCCAACAUUCGAUCCCACAUAGACAAUUCCAACAUGGCCUUUGAUGCCAGGUAACCUUUGGCUUUUCCUUGGUGUCAUGCCCACUGAGUGCGGGCACCAGCAUCUGGGACAACUCCAUGAGAGCUCACCCCUUCCUCAAGGUGUGGGUCUGGGAGGCCCGGGACCCUGGCGGGCAAGGGGUUCUCCCUGUGUGUCUCUGGAGGCUUCUGAGAGAAGCAGCCCCCGUGUGUUUGGGGUGCUGGAUGGUGGGGAGCCAGCCCCCCUCAAAUCAGUGUUCUGGGAUACUCCCUGGGAUCCUCUCCAGGCCUGAGCCAGGCCCUUCUAUCUGGUGCCCUCUGUGACCACGGCUCAGGCUGCUUCUCCCUGGGCCAGGUUGGAGACUCAGGCCUUCCUCUCUGAGCCUCUGCUGGGCUGAGGGAGAGCAGGGGGCCAGGCUUUCAUGUAGGCUGGCCCCCAGGUGCCCUUGUUGGCCCUCCUCAAGGUCCCCUGCCCCCCAACCUCACAAGGUGCCUGUGUGACCUUCCCCAAGGCCCCCCAACACCACACAGGGUGCUCAUAUGGCCUUUCCCGAGGUCUCCCAACCUCUCAGGCUGCCUGUGUGGCUUUUCCCAAGGCCCCCCAACCUCUCAGGGUACCCAUGUGGCCUUCCCCGAGGCCCCCCCAACCUGUCGGGCUGCCCGCAUGGCCUUCCCCGAGGCCCCCCCAACCUCUCAGGGUACCCAUGUGGCCUUC